AGACAGUGAAAGUGCAAGGAUCGAGCGCUUCUUGUCCGCAUACUUUAAGUGAUCCAUUGUGAAUAUCGAUAAAUACACACGACAAGUACUGCGGUCAUUUUUUUUGGGUGCUUCAGACAAAGAAGAAGAAGGAGAGGAAGAGCAUAAACUAACAAAGAUGUUACGAACUCUCUUGAUUCCGCUACUAUUGUGCUCUUUGACUACCGCUGCUGAUUUUGAGGACACCUUUAAAAACUGUCAUCCCGACAGAGUGGGUUUUGAUGGCUGUGUACGAGAAGGAUUGAAUGCGAUUCGACCUUAUUUCAAAACCGGUCUGCCGAAAUACAAUGUACUUCCAUUUGAUCCGUUUUUUGCCAAAGAGAUAACUGCCAAGAGGGGGGUUCCGAAUUUCGGUUUUACUUUAACUCUUCGAAAUGUCACUGAGACGGGAUGGUCUAUUAGUAAAGUAACCAAAUUUAUCUCCGAAUUGAGAUAUUACAAGAUUGUGUACACACAAAGUUUCCCGAAGAAAGAGCUGUUUGGUAAUUACGAAUUUAAAGGUUCAUUAUUCAGCUCCACUAUAAUGAACAAAGGAAAAUUCACCCUCGCCUUGUACGAUCUAAUACAAACGACCACCGUGGUUAAACCACCAGGAGAAAAAGUGCGGGCCGAAAUGGAUGUCGAGAGCAUCCAAAAUAUGGAACUUCACAUCACAAAUCUUCUAUUCGGCAAGCAAUUUUUCGAAAGUAUCCUCGAUAAGAUAAUCAACAAAACCUGGCAACCGGGUUUCGUAUUAACGAGGCGUCUAAUCAACGAACUCGUCUCCACCGCCUUCACAGAAAUCUUUAAUACAUCUUUCCAUGAUUUUCCCUUCGAGCAGAUUUUCAAAUUUUCGAACCAAUCUAUAAGUUAAAUCAAUUACAGUCUUUAAGUGAGAUUAGACAAUUACGAAUGAAUAGAUAAAAACGCAUAUCUCUUAAUUAAGUACAAAUAAGUACAAUAAAAGAGAAUUGCUGAAUAAGUAUAGUGUAAAUUAAAUCGCUGGUGAGAAAGCGAAGUAUUCAGCAAAAUAACUUUCCUAUCGUUUUUGGUGAAAGCAUUUUCGUAAAAUUUCGUCUUGUUCUUAUUAAUUCGUUUACAUAACAGACACGUUUUCACUGUAUGACAUAAAACAAUUCAGCAAAGAAUAUAUGUUUUAUACAUUUUUUUCUUUUUUAUUUUACGAUCCUUACGCUUUGCAUGUUAUUCGGUUAUCAUCGAGUACUUUUUUACGGUACUUAAUCCGAAUUAACGCUGUUCAUUAAUUCGGUACAUCCUGUAUGUACAAUUACGUCUUCCGUUGAACGCUAUGUGGAAUGCUAAGCAUUUUGAUCAGAGAGGGUAUUUUUUGUCUGAAUAGCUGUUUACCUUGAGAAACCACGGUCUUUGACCGCGUAUUCUCACAGAACAUGGGAACAUUGUAUCAUGGCGCAAUAUCGAGUCAAAUAAUAAUAUUAACGCAAUUUAUAAUUCAUAUAUCGGAAGAUGAUAAUGUAUUAGCAUUUGUCCGCGCGGCAGAAGUGUUAUUUUGUCAUUUAUGACAGCUGUACAUGUAUAUUCUCGACUUUUCUCAUCUCAUUUCAGUCUCAUAUCAUUGCAUUCUGAUUGUUUAUUAAAUGUACAACAUUUACAUUCUCUCUAGUUUUUUCAUAUAAUUAGGUUCACGAUAUUCAAGAGAAAUAUAAUUUGACACACAUUGUGCAUGAAGAAAUGAACAGAUAAAUUAUAAAAUCUUUUUCCUAAGAUGCAAAACUAUUUUUCUCUACAUUUAUUAUAAUAUAGAUCUAAAAAAUCCUUAUUAUUGCUGAAAGAAAUUUUAGAAUUAU